AUGAGUAAGCGCAAACCGAAAAAAGUCUCUCCUUUCAAAGACACUUUCGUUAACUUGAUUAAGGAGUCACAUAAUAUAGGAAAUAUGGCUAAACCCAAGAAGGAUGAUACAUCUGAAGAAGCGAAAAAAAUUGUAGAUGAUGCGAGAAACUUUAUCGAGAAAGCUAUUGCAGAUAUUGGAAAAACUUCUGCAACGAAGCAGCUAAUUUUAGGUACUGCGUCAGGAUGGAUUACUGGCUUCAUUACUAUGAAAAUUGGGAAACUUGCAGCUGUAGGCAUUGGAAGUGGUGUGAUUUUAUUACAUAUUGCUAGUCAGAAAGGCUAUAUUGAUAUUAACUGGGAUAAAAUCAAUAAGAAGGUAGAUAAAAUUACUGAUAAAAUUGAGAAGGAAACAACUGGUAAAUCUCCUGAUUGGUUUGAUAAGGUGGAAAGAUUUGUUGAUCGUAAGUUAGAUAAAGCUGAAGAACUGCUGAAAAAAAAGGAAUACAAAGCAAAGCGUUGGUAUGGUAAUUUUAUUGCAGAUGAACAUUACCGUGCUACAGAAACUCAUGUAUUUUUGGCAUCUUUUGUUGCUGGUAUGGCUGUAGGUCUUAUUUGUGGAAAA